UUGCUGUGGCAUACAUCAACUCUGCCCCAUGCAGAAUAUUGUUACCAUAACUACCAUCACUUUCAGGCCUAAAUACAUAUUGAUCAGAAAGGUUUGUUUUGGUAACAAAAGUGCAAAACAUGGCAGAAGAAUUGAACCAGUCUCUGGAAUAUACACCAACAUGGAUUGUUGCGGUUGUUUGCUCCAUCAUUGUUUUCAUCUCUCUUUGUGUUGAGCGUGCCCUUCACAAACUUGGAAAGUACCUUAAGAGCAAAGGUCAGACUGCAUUGUAUGAAGCCUUGACAAAAUUGGAAGAAGAAUUGAUGCUUUUAGGGUUCAUUUCCCUGCUAUUAACCGUAUUUCAAGGUCUAAUAAGCGAUAUUUGUAUCUCACCAAAUCUUGCAACCCAAAUGCUUCCAUGCAAGAGACCUCAUAGGUCUCCAGAAGGUUCAGAGCAUUAUCAGAUAUACUAUGAUGCUAUAAUAAACAGACGGAGGCUUUUUUCUACUGAUACUGGUUCAGAUCAUUGUAGGCAAAAGGGGAAGGUUCCAUUGUUAUCAUUGGAAUCUGUACAUCACCUUCACAUUUUUAUCUUUGUAUUGGCCGUUGUACAUGCAAUAUUCUGUGUCACCACAAUGCUUCUUGGAGGAGCAAAGAUCCGCGAAUGGAACAGCUGGGAGGAUUAUUGUAGGAACAAGAUCAUAAGUUCAAAAAAAGAUUACCGUGAGUUCUUCAAAGUGCAUGCUGACGGAUAUUGGAGAAGAGCAGCUGUUAUUAGUUGGCUGAGAUCAUUCUUCAAGCAAUUUCAUGGCUCUGUUACAAAAUCUGACUACCUUGCACUGCGGUACGGAUUUGUCAAGGAACACCACCCACAAAACCCGGAAUAUAAUUUUCAUAAUUACAUGCUGCGGACACUUGAAGUCGACUUCAAAACAGUUGUAGGCAUAAGCUGGUACCUGUGGCUCUUUGUUGUGCUGUUUUUGCUGAUGGAUCUUGAAGGAUGGCACACUUAUUUCUGGUUAGCCUUUUUACCAUUGAUUCUUCUACUUCUGGUGGGGGCAAAGUUGGAGCACAUAAUCGCUCGUUUGGCUCAGGAAUCAAUAGAUAUGAUGGGAAAGGAAGAUUCCCGUUCAGUGAAGCCAUCAGAUGAAUACUUUUGGUUUACCCGUCCAUCCCUAGUCCUUCACUUACUUCACUUCAUUUUGUUUCAAAACUCUUUUGAGAUUGCAUUUUUGUUCUGGAUUUGGACAACAUAUGGAUUGGAUUCAUGCAUUAUGGAGAAAAUAGCCUACGUUAUCCCAAGACUUAUAAUGGGUGUAAUUGUUCAAGUGCUUUGCAGUUAUAGCACCUUGCCUUUGUACACAAUUGUGACUCAGAUGGGUAGCAAAAGCAAGGCUGAAAAGGCAGAACCAUCUUCCUUGAUAGGGACUAAAGGUGGCUCCCCCAAUAAUACAAGGCAGUCCAACCACAUGAUCAAAGAAUCAACCCAAAUUGAUGAACAAGCAAUAAUCAUGAUGGAAGAUGCAACAACAUCUACAAUUGAGCUUCCCCACAUUGUCCAUGCUCCUUUUGAGAGACCUAAUGCAUCCAAUAGUUAUUCUUCUACAAAUAUUCACCAGCAUGAAUUCAACUUUGAUAUUAGAAAAACUUGAAAAGUGUCAUCAAUACAACAUUACUAAUUGGUUUUAUAAUGAUUUUUAUAUAAAAAAAUACAAUAAUUUGGUUCUUA